AUGAUCAUCACUAGCUCUUACUCUUCUACUAUCUCUGAGGUCAAACAGUAUCUCUUUCGUACUUUCGAAAUGAAGAAUCUGGGACCAUUGCGGUAUUUUCUUGGUAUUGAGGUAGCUUCUUCUCCCAAAGGCUACUUUCUGUCCCAAGCUAAGUCUGCUAACGAGGUUAUCCAUCGCAUCGGACUUACUAACACUAAGCUUUCUAAUACCCCCAUUGAGCUUAAUGUGAAGCUCAACACUAUUGAUGGUGUUCCUCUGGAUGAUCCUACGUUAUAUCGCAAGCUUGUGGGCUGCUUAGUCUAUCUGAUAGUUACUCACCCUGAUCUUGCCUAUGUUGUCCAUGUGGUUAGUCAGUUUGUUUCUGCUCGCUCUACACAUUGGGCUGCUUUACUUCGGAUUCUUCGCUAUCUUCGCAGUAUUAUCUUUCAGGGCUUGCUAUUCUCUUCUACUUCUUCCUUUGACUUGGUGGCCUAUGCUGAUGCUGAUUGGGCUGGUGAUGUUAAUGAUCAUAAAACGACUUCUGGUUUCUGUCGCCUACGUCUUGAUAACAGGAGGUCAAAGUCAAGGACUCUGGCUCUGAAAGAUGCAAGAAAGAGAAGCAAGAAGAAUAAGUGGAACGAAUGGUAUAGUGAGGAAUCAAUAGCAAAUUACUUCAAUUGUGCUUGUUUGUAA